AUUUUUCAUUAUCCCCAAGCUCACUCUCACCAUCCAUUUCUCAACUCACAAAGCUCAGGGAUCUUUUAAACAGUUUAACCCCCCUCCAAAAAGAAAAAAUACAUGGUGAAGCCAACACAGACUGAGGCAACCACGAACCAUGGCUCGGACCCGACCGGUAAUGGUUCAAAGUACAAGGGUGUAAGGAAGAGGAAAUGGGGGAAAUGGGUAUCCGAAAUCCGACUUCCCAACAGCCGUGAACGUAUUUGGUUAGGUUCUUACGACUCGCCGGAAAAAGCCGCUCGGGCAUUCGACGCCGCUCAGUAUUGUUUACGUGGCAAUGGAGCAAAGUUUAACUUCCCCGAUAACCCACCGGAUAUAGCCGGUGCAACGUCACUUGGCCCACAUGAGAUCCAAGCCGUGGCGUCUAGGUUUGCCAACGAGUCGGUUAAUAACAACAAUGCGAUGACGGACCGGACUGUAGAACAAUACACGACGUCUUCGUCGGUUACGGUGUCGGACGGUGGAGUUGCGACGCAAGUAGAAAGCCAUGAAACGAGGACGGAUUGGUCCUCGUUUUUGAGCAUGUUGGAUUCCAAUGAAGGGAUGUCGUCCGAUUAUGGGUUUUAUCCAGGGCUGGGUCAUUUACCCGGCGAUCAUUUCUAUCCUCCUCCUCCACCGCCGCCGGUUGAUGAAUACAUGGACGAUGAUCAAAACUACGUCGGCGACGGUUUUUCCCAGCACUCAUCGUUUCUUUGGAACUUCUAAACCAAAAUUUUCAGAAUUACAGUACUUUGUAAGUGUAAUAUCAGUGUUUUUUAAUCACCCUUUUUAUCGGAAAACUACAGAAAUUUAGCUGGAUAAUCAGGAAUUUGGUGAAUUUUAGCUGCCGGAAUCACUGAUUUUUUCCCAGUUAUAUACUGCAGGUUUGAUAGGUUUUGACUCUUUAUAAUUUUUUAAAUAUAUAGGCUUGUUUGUCUUUUGUUACUUAUAAAAA